UUAUGAUACAGUAUUAGAGUCCUAGAAUUGGGUAACGUGUUGCAGAAGGUAAACGAAAAUGAAGAAGGUGCUGAGAGUAUACGGCGGCGUUAUGAGGCUGGUGAGACUUUUGCCGGCGGAUUCAAGGCCGUAUUACGCCAAGUACGCCAGGGAGAAUUUCGUUAAUUACCGUGAAGUCGAUCAAAGCGAAACAUCCCUCGACGAACUCUUCCAGCGAGCCUAUAAUCACUCACUUUGGGUACUCAAGAAGUACUCAAUUGACGAAUCAGCAGCGACGAAGUUGAAAGAGAUUUGUUUUGAAUAAUAACGCACACCAAGUGUUCGACGUUAUGUCCCUGAGAGUGUUGGAACAAGUUUGGACGAUUUGUUAAAUGGGUACCAUCAGUUUUCUACUUUUGAUAGCUAUAUCAAGAACAGGGGUUGUUCAUGUGUCUUUGUCUUUCCUUUUUAGUUGUCUUGACUUUCUGUGAUUGACUGCUGAAUUGGUCGUUGUCUUGUUUGAGUAGCUAGCUUCUUGUUUGUUUCCAUGAUCCUGAAUAAAAUUGUUACAUUCUUAGAUUCGAAAACAUCACAUUACUUAAUCUCAUCUUUGGUAAUGAAAGAAACUCAUCAGAGCAAAGUAGAAGUGGCAGUUAAGUAAUAACGAGA